AUUAAAAUUGACAUAUCAAUUCUGAUUGUUUUGACAGCUCCUAGUGGCUAUUUGUGUACAUAUUGCCGGGGGAGGUCAACGGAACAGCAGACUGGUAAACAGAUAUGGAAGAUGAUCAUCACAACUGAGUAACGGGAUAAUGAUUCGACUUAAAAUGUGGAUUACUACAUAAAUAUUCAAAUUAAUGGAUAAUAAUCAGUGAUUUUCUUUAUGUUUAAAUAUUAAUAUUGGGUACUUUCUGUUCAAAUGUAAGGUGAAUAUACAGAAAUCUUUUGUUUUUGUCGGAAGAAAAAUAUAAUGGCCGCCAAACUGACAGUAAAUCAAGGGUUGUGUUGGUGUGUACUGACGUUUUUUAUCGCGUGUGCUAAUUGUUUGAACAGUUUACCUUGUAUUGAGGUGAAAAGAGCCUACACAGAAAAAGGAGGAAAUGAAAAUGAAGUUCCCAUCCAGGCAAUAUCAGGAGACCAUUUAGAGGUGUGUCCACGUGGAGAUGGGUACACAUGUUGUACAAGAGACAUGGAAAUUAAAUUACGUGAAUUAAGUGCCAAGGAAUAUGAUAGUUUAGUAGACCAGUCGUUUAGAUAUGUACAGAGUACUUUUGUAUCAAGAACAAGAAAAUUUGAUGAAUUUUUUACAGAAUUAUUACACAAUGCCAAGAAAGACUUACAUGAAAUGUUUGUUAAAACAUAUGGGUUACUUUAUAGAGAAAAUGCAGAAAUAUUUACACAAUUAUUUGAAGAUUUACUCAAGUAUUAUAAAGGAACAGACAAAAGCCUUACUUCCACAUUAGACAAAUUUUUCGAAAACUUAUUGCGGCGAAUGUUCCAGUUAUUAAAUGUUCAACAUAAGUUUGAUGAUGUUUAUCUUAAGUGUGUGACUAGCAAAAUGGACCAGUUGAAACCUUUUGGAGCUGUGCCUCAAAAAUUAUCCAGCCAAGUAAGGCGAUCUUUUAUUGCUGCGAGGACGUUUGUGCAAGGUUUGGCCAUUGGUAGAGAUGUCAUUCUAGAAGUUGCAAAGCUUCGACCAACACCAGCCUGUACCAAAGCAUUAAUGAGAAUGUCCUACUGUCCACAGUGCCGAGGCCUUACACAAACCAAGCCAUGCAACAAUUACUGUCUGAAUACCAUGAAGGGAUGUUUAGCAUACCAUGCAGAACUUAAUAUUCUUUGGAAUGAUUAUAUUGAGGCUAUGAAACAAUUAGCAAUACGAUUGGAGGGACCUUUCAACAUUGAAUCUGUGGUUGAUCCAAUUGAUGUGAAAAUCUCUGAUGCCAUCAUGAUCCUUCAAGAAAACAGCAUCACAGUCCGUGAUCAGAUAUUUGAAGGGUGUGGAAAACCUAGGACACAGUCAUCAGGUGUGAGAGGGAAGAGAUCUGCUGACAACUCCACUGUAGGCCAUCCUACUCCUGAUCAUCAAGGACAACCUCCUAUAACACCAGUCCGUCAGGCUGAUGAUCCACAAGAGAACCCUUUUGGAGGUAAACUCAAUUUUGGAGCAGGGGAAGUUGUACCAGAGACUGGGGAUGCAGCUGAAAAGAAAAACCCAUACGACCAACAUUUCGUUGGACAGUACAAGCCACCAGGAGGCAAAAAUGUCAAACCAACAACAGCUGCUGGUACGAGUUUAGACCGGUUAGUGAGAGAUAUCAAGGACAAGGUCAAGGCUGCUAAAGAUUUCUGGAUACAGCUACCAUAUUCCGUUUGUAAUGAUGACAAGAUUGCAGCACAGCCUGAUAAUGAUGAUGAAUGUUGGAAUGGACAAGAUCGUGCUAGAUAUGAGGCUGAGGUCCAAAAAGAUGGUGUAAUUAACCAAAUCAACAAUCCAGAAGUAACAGUGGACGUGAACGAGGCCAAUUACAUCAUAGAACAACAAAAAAUACAGCUGAAAAUUAUCACAGAUAAAUUACAAACAGCCUACAAAGGUGGCGAUGUCACAUAUAUAUACACAGAAACAGUGACUGAUCAUAGUGGUGAUUCCAGUGGGGAUGAUGAUUUAGAAACAGGAAGUGGAUUUAAUCCGGAAACAGGAAGUGGCAUAAUUGAAGGAAGUGGUGGGUCUGGUGAUGGAGCAGACAGAGGUGAUGAUGAAGAUUUUCACAAAAAUACACAUCACUGGAAUAAAAAUAAACACGGACACGGUGGCAAAAAUCCUACAAAGUCUGAUCCAACAGGAAAUAAAGAAAAACCAUUUGAUUUCGGCCCAGAAUAUCAUAAUAUAAAAACUACACAGAGACCUGUUCCAGGUAAUAACCAGCCUCGUGGAGGGAAUCAAAAUUCAGCAAACAAUCUGUCAUCUAUAUCCAUAUCAUGUUUAAUCACUCUUUUCACAAUGUUAUGGGCAGUUUUAUGAGUUGUGGAUACUUUUAUAUAGCAAAUAGGCACAGUCAAAUUGUUCAGCAAAUUGGACUGUACUUACAAUUUCUGUGUCCUAUUUUUUAUGUUGCAUUGUACAAAUUUCAUAAAAAAAAAUCAUCUAAAAAGUGUAGGUCAUUGUCAGGGUGAUAGAUGUAUGUGUUCAUACUCUGUGAUGCAGUCAAGAGAAUAUGUGAUAUAAAGAAAAAGUGAAGGAAUAGCUGCAAAGAUGCUUGAAAACAGAAUAACUUGGUAAAGAUUUGCUAAUUCCUUUUAUAAAAAAACAUAGGAAAACACUUCUGGUUAGAGUGCAGAAUAAGACAGUAAUCGAUCAUAAACAUGUACCUCAGUCAAAGUUAAAUCAUUAAAUAUUGCCCAAAUAGUCACGUGUCUGGCAAGGGACCCAUGUGAUUGAUUGAUCGAAAGUCACAGAAGAUGUGUGGUCAUAGAAAAGAAGCUUGGUUUAUCAUUACAAUAUUGUUACCCCCCAAAACAAAUGAACUGCUGCAUUAGUAAUUUCUUGAUCACAUCAUUAAGCAGUUUUUCAACGAAGAAAAAUAACAACCGUUUGUAAAUUGUACAAUUGUAGUUAAAUGUUGCUAUAAGCAUUAUUUGCAUAUUAAAAUUCUAUAUUGGGUCAUUCAUAUUUUCAUCUGUCAAAAGAAAAUAUAUAAAUAGGAUUAAUCAUAAGGUAAUUUUUUGCUUCACACUAUCAUUUUAACAAAGAAAAAAUUUUAAAACAUAAAAUAUUUUAUACUAAAUGAUAUUUUUAAAGACUAUAUAUAUGCAUCACUGAAAAAAGGCCUUUUUCACUGUUUUCAUUUUAAUAACAUUUGUAAAUUUAGAAAAUUCUUAUAUCUAAAAAAUCUAGAUGAAAAUUAUUUUUAAUUGAUAGUUAUUUUACUUCGUCAUUUUAUAAAAAGACAAAGAAAAAAAAUAACAACGAGAUUAUAUUUCUUGAAAGAUCAAUCAGUGUGAUAUUAAACAAACACAACAAUGAUAGCAAUGAUUGUCUGGACUAUUUGCCUUUAUUUCUAACAUUGUUAACGCUGCGAAAUACAUCAAAAUAAAAAAUUGUAAGAUAAGAUGUGAUAUAUACUUACAAAAGUGCUAUGUUCCAACAGAAAGGAAUAGAUUGUGUAAAUAGCUUUAAAACAAUGAUGUAUUUUAUAAAAGCAGCAGUGUUAAUUUCUAUUACAUGUACAUUAUGUGAUGAUAUGUGUUUUGCAUUGAUUUGUAGCCUAACAAUUUGUACCCUGUAUUAGCUGUAUAAGAUCAUUGCUUGUUAUGUAAUCAAAAGUUACUGUCAAAUUAAUAAUUGCCAGUUAGCAGACAUUUUUUCUGUGUUGUGCUGUAAAUAUGAUAUUUUUUGCUUUUUUUUAUAACAAAAGACAUAUCACCAAAAAAAUGUUGUGGUUUGUUCUAAGACUUAUGUCACAUUUUGAUAAUGAGUUUUUGAUUUAAUAAAUAAUUUCUGAUAUGAUCAUGUUUUAAGUUCUCAUUACGCUGCAUGUACCAACCAAAAGUGAAAAUACCUCAAUGUGUCAAAAUCGAGCUAAAGUUUUUACUGCUUUUUUUAAACGCUAGUAAAUAGAUUUUAGACUGAUAUACUCAUUUGAUUUCAACCAAUCGUGAAAGUCUGAACUUCUGAAUAGCGAACUUGUGGGUUAAGCUAUCAAUGGAAAGGCUCUCCAGUUAGGCACCUAUGAAAACAUAUCCAAUUUCACUGACUAUUAGGGCAACACACCCAAAACAAACAUAACAGUAUAUCUGCUCAGUGCUGUAUAUUUUAACCACUCAUUUUGUUAAAAUUUAUGCAUUUGACAGCAGGUUUCAUUUAAUGCGCUACAUUUACAUGAAAGUAUAAACAAAUAAACCAGAGCUUUUGAUGGAACAACCUUAUUUUCCAUUUUUCCAAAAGUUUGCUAUUUUGCACAGUGAGAAAUAAUGAUCAAUUUUCCAAUUCAGCAUUAUUAUACUGAAAUUUCAAGGGAUGUUUACACAAAAGUUGAAGUCUAAAAUCAAUUUACUAGCAGAAAAUUUUAAAUGCUCUUUAGGAUAUGAGUUUUCUCAGGGGAAUAUUCAUCAUUUUUUUCGUGCACAUUUUAAGAUGAUUAUUUUUUAGCACAUUUUAUCUUAUCUUGUAUUCUGCAAUGCUUUUACAAAUACAAAAAAAAUAAAUUGCAAUAAACAAUUUUUAUAAACCCAUUUCAUUUUAGAUAAUUUGUUUUUUAUUCAUGGCAUUAUUUCACAAGGUACUAUUUUUAUCAGCAAUUUUACUCUUGUCUUCUCAGCUUAGUUUUUAAUAAUGAAAAAAUCUGCCAGAGAAACAGGUUAUUUUUUAGUCUCGGGUAAUAAUAUUUCAAUAGGUAUUAUACAAGCAUAUUUUUUUUAAAGAAAAUUUCUACUGAAAGUUCAGUAAAAAUUUUCCUCUUUGUAUGAUUUAUAUAUUUUUAUCUUUAAUGUUUAUGCAGUAUUUAAUUACUUAACUGAAAAUAAAGUGGGGUAAGGAGAACGAACAGUAAAUAAAUUAUGUGCCAAAGUAUGCAAUUACUGUUUGUCUAAACUAUUUUGCAAGUAUGAUAAAGUUCAAGAUCUUCAUAAGAUUUUCUUUCAAAUUAGACAAAUAUAAGAAGCAUUUAUUUUUAGUAUAAGUUGAGGCUAAGAAACUAUAAUUUAUUAUAUGACUGAUUCAAGUCGUAGUGCAUAAGAACAAAAUCAAUGUUCCUGCUAAAUGGCUGAAUUGGGAUCUUUAUUUAUUUUUAAGCGACAGUACCAUGAGGACUGUAUUUUUCCUUGUGGUUGAUACACACUUACUUACAAAUUUUUUGUUUACUUCUUAUAUGUGUUAGUUAUGAACCAAAGGUUAGUGUAUUUAUUUAUUUUUUGCUGUAAUAAAUCUCUGGUUGAAAACUUGUGUAAAUAGCUUUAUAUGUGAAUGUUGUUAUUGUCUUUUGUAUUACACUGGAUUCUAGUGUAAGUACAUACAAAUUUAUUCUUUUUAAAUGUAUUUUGCUAAACUUUAAACGAGCUUUCUGAAAUUUUUUACGAUGAUGGAAAAACUUAAUAGUGUAAUAAAAUUGCACAUUUUAAUGUAUGCAGUAGUUAAAUUGCUUUAUAGAAAAGCUACCAAAAUUACUUGGUAGCUUUCGGACAGUUGCUGUUGUGGCCUGACAAAGAUUUUUAGCUCUUCUACUUACAAUCAUUCAUGUUUCGUUAUUUUAUAAAUUUUAUAAAAAAUGAUUCAAGAAAAGUUAAUUCUGUAUCAUUUUAGAAUUAAGUUCGGCAGUUUAAUCUACAGUCUUGUUAUAUAUCAAUAUUGUUGGAAAUAGAUGUUUUGUUAAUGUCUAGUCGAUUGAAAUAAUCUCAGUUCAUGGCUAAAAUGAUAUGCAGUUUUUGUAUCAUCUUCUCUUGAUAGUAAUCUCGAUAUAGAUUGAAUUAUGUAAUGAUAUACAUUUGGGAAAAACAUAUUUUGUAAUACAGCAGUAUUGAUUUAAAAUACAUUCAGUCUGAAAUAUUUCUUCUUGGAUAAAUUACACAGUUUAGACGUGAAUUUCAGCAGUAUUGUUACUGAUACAUGUAUUCAAAAGUUGUUUUAAAAGGGUUGUUCAGCAUUAUACAUUGACUUUAAAAUUGCAUAUCCUUUUAGUAUCUGUUUUUGAAGUACGUUUUCUUUUGUAAAAUUGGUUUGUUUGUAAUGUGCAGGUUGCUAAUUGUACAAACUUGCCGUCAUUUUCUGGUUUCAUUUCUUUCAGUUGUAAGAAAUCCAUUUUACACUUAUUGAUGUUUUGCUUAGCUGGCUAAAUUAUUGGGAGUUAUUAUACAUGCAAAAAAGUAUUUUUGUAACUUCAUCAUAACCCCACCUUUGUAGAUAUAAACUUUUGUUUUGUUGAAAAUAUGAUGAAAAGCAACAUAUAUAUACCAACUGUAACAUUGUUAGAAUCAAUUUUGAAAGUAAUAUUGUAUUAGAUAUUAAUAAUUAGAUAUUCUAUGCAUACUUUCUUUUUGAAGGACACAAACUAUACUUUUAUACAGUCCUGUGUAUAGCCUAAAAAUUAAACAGCAUUAAAACAUUUUAGGACUAGAUAAAUCCAGCUAUUAUCUUUCUUUGUGCUAACAUGAAAGAAAUAGUUUCAAGUCCUUUAACGGUGGUAUAUUCUCUGGAACUCAAUCAUGUGCAGAAAUUUCAUUGAUAACAAAUUGUGCUACAAACUUGAGAUAAAGUUCAGAGAUUAAUCCAUAAGGUUUUAAAAGAAAGUUUGCAAUGAAUUGAUAUGAAACUUAAACUGAAGCGAGAAGGAAAUAUAAUUGUUUAAUACUAUAACAAAAUGUAAUCGGCUUUUCAUCAUAUUUUUCGUUCAUGCAUCAUCAAUAAAUAUGAUUUUAUAUGUAUUUGCAUGAUUGUUGAAAUAUAACAGUAAUUUGUUGACAUAUUUAUGUGAAAUUAUAGACAUUUAAAGAUAGUAAGUUCAAAGGGAUGUGAUUUUUUUUAUUUCAUAAAAUCAAACUUCAUUGAAAUACAGAAUAUUCUGGUAGGUGAACAAGGAUUGAAUUGUAAAUUUCAAGGUGAAGGUCUUCAAAUUUACUCAUUUACUUUUGAUUUGAAAAAAAAACCACCCUAAAAAACUGAAAUAUAUAUAAUUAACAGUUCUUUUGAUUAUUACUUGUGUGUAUUCUACUGUUUUAAUAGCAUUUGAAAAACAGAAAAAUUAAGCAAGUGCUCACUGCAAUAUCACAAUUGACUGGUUUCCAGGCUAUCAAAAUGGAAGAACGAAAAUUUUGAAAUUUUUUUCUACAGAAUGCAUUAGUUAUUUUAAUGAUUUUUAUUGUUAUGACUGCCUUGACAUUCAAUCCUUGUUGACUUUUCCAGAACCUGUACACAUUGUUGUUAUACGUGUAGGAACAUGUAUUCCUCAACUCAGUGUAACGAGGACUUUAUUUUACUGAAAUAAAACUAUAAACAAUA